AUGCCUUUCUUCUACGAUCAUGUAAACACACUAGAGAAACACCAUCCAUCUGGAAUAGUUUUCAGUUUCAAUGACGAAGAAACUGAUGGUGAAACAUGGCAUUGGCAUUACGGCGAUUCGACAGAAUAUCGCUGCAAAUAUGUUGAAGGGUCUGCAGGAGCAUCCACUGUCGUCACGCUUCAUGGCAGGGAAUGUUUAGUAGAAGACUAUUUUAUAUCGGUGGUUUGCGAAGAUGUGGAAGCAUUUGUGAGAAAUCAGAAAAAGGAAAUGUAUUACAUUAAAUUAGAAGCUUGGAAACCCUAUCGAGAUCAGAAAGUGUUGGAAACAAUCAUCAACAGAAUGUGUCGAUGUUUGGAGAACUCAUUGCAAUCCAGAACUGAAAAGUUGAAAGUCCAAAACUUAUCUCUGCCGGUUCUCAAAAUAAGUCAAGCUAUAUCAGCAGUUAAUCUACUCGAUCGUGAUUUUCUAUCAAUGGUUACUGUAGACUUGCCGUUUGAAGAUCAAGUAUUCACAGCUGAAGACCUCAUACCUCUAAUGGAAAGGCAAGGAUGGCGAAGGUUGGGUCUCACGAUCCAGUUACAUAAGUUCUCACCGCAAGUGUUGGAGGAAGUGAGAAAGUUCAUUAACUGCACAUCCAAACAACUAAACCUUAUCAUUAUCAAAUAUCAAUACAUUGAUGAAGAGUGCUAUAAGUUAAUUGAAGAAGCAACAUUUUGCAAAGUUGACCUCAUUUUGACAGGCGAAAUUGUGUUUGGAGUAAAUGACUUUCGUGAUCAACUUCAAGAAAUUACCAUGAGAAAGCGUUUAAAGCUUAAGCUAUCAGACAACACAAUUUCUAUAAAUAUAUUCGAGGUCCCUUUGAUAAUGAGGUCAAUUGCAUCACAUUUAGGAUGUCCUCAGAUUCAAUCACUUCGAAAGGUGUCUAGAGGUAUCCGUCAGUGUGUUGAUUAUGUCGAACCAGAUCCGCAUAUUCUUAGUUAUUACAUUUGGCUUGGGAAUUCUUUGAGAGUUCGUAUUGACUCAAUGAUGAAUAGACCAAUUUGGGCACACUACAAGGGAUCUCUGGAGCAAGAUGCAGUUCAAAUUGAAAAAGAUUUCGAUUUGAAUACAAGACAUCAAAAAAGUUGCAUGGAUGAACUAUAUAUUGAAAUGUUUAAAGGAAUCUGGAAGUUAUUAGAAGAAGAUCAUUGGGUUCGGUCAAUGAUUUUCAUACGGCUAAAACAUGCUUUGAUGUCUAGGACAUCCCCAUUGAAGGUUAGAAAAUUGACGUUGAUUACCCACUGGCAAUGUUUGCUGAUGGAGAUACUACCGUAUCUUGACGCGGAAUAUUUGGAAUCUAUUAGCAUACAGAGGAUCAGAGGAAUUGAUGAAGAGUGUACCAUUGAUCUAGAUGAAAUCAUAAAAACUGAGCAAUGGGUCAAGGCGAAGGAGUUGUGCAUGAAAACUUUGACUGCUCGAACGUCAAUUCAAGACAUGAAUAUUUUGAAUUUUGAGACGAUUGAUAUCUCUAUGGAAACAAUGUCACCAGGGGAUAUUACGUAUUGCAGAAAGGCGAGUUGUUUUGAAUGGGAAUUUUGA